CACAGAUGGCAGCAAACAAUUCCUCGCUGCCCCCUCAGGAGCUGACACUCAGCCGUCCUCCCUGGCUUUCCAGCACUCUAGGGAGUGUGCUCAUCUUCACCAUCGUGGUCGACAUACUGGGCAACCUGCUGGUUAUUUUCUCCGUGUACAGGAAUAAGAAACUCAGAAACGCAGGGAACAUAUUUGUGGUGAGCCUGGCAGUAGCAGACCUAGUGGUGGCAGUUUAUCCAUACCCACUGGUGCUGAUGUCUAUUUUCAACAAUAGAUGGAACCUGGGCUUUGUACAUUGCCAAAUUAGUGGCUUUCUGAUGGGACUAAGUGUCAUUGGAUCCAUAUUUAAUAUCGCUGGGAUUGCUAUAAACCGGUACUGUUACAUUUGUCACAGCCUCAAGUACGACAAGCUCUACAGUGACAAAAACUCCCUAUGCUACGUCAUCCUUAUCUGGAUCCUGACUGUCGUUGCUAUAGUGCCGAACUUCUUCGUGGGCUCUCUGCAGUAUGACCCCCGGGUGUACUCGUGCACAUUUGCACAGUCAGCCAGUUCGGCUUACACCAUCGCAGUGGUCUUCUUCCACUUCAUUCUUCCAAUAUUGGUGGUCACCUAUUGCUACAUGAGGAUCUGGAUUCUCGUCAUCCAGGUGCGAAGGCGUGUCAAGCCAGAGUUCCGGACCAAGCUUACACCACAUACUGUGAGAAAUUUUGUAACCAUGUUUGUAGUGUUUGUUCUUUUUGCCAUCUGUUGGGCGCCGCUUAACUUUAUCGGCCUGGCCGUUGCCGCGAAUCCUGAGCAGGUGGCGCCACUUAUUCCAGAGUGGCUCUUUGUAUUUAGUUAUUUCCUGGCCUACUUUAACAGCUGCCUUAAUGCCAUUGUCUACGGACUGCUCAAUCAGAACUUUAGACAAGAGUACAAAAAAAUUAUCAUAGAAUUUUGCACUGCUAGGCUGUUCUACCCAGACAGCUCGAAUGAUGCUGUAGACAGGAUAAAAAGCAAGCCGUCAGCUUUAAUGUCAAACAACAACCAAGAGAGAGUUGAGUCGGUGUAAACACUUACAAAGGUUAGGUCACCAUAAGCAUGAAAUAUAGUAAUAAUCAUUGUAUUAACAAUCUAUUAAAACAUACAGGGUAUAUACAUUUUUUUUUUUUAUUUCUUUUUCAGUGGUGCACUGCAAAUAUCCCGUCUCAUGUUUACAUUUCAUAAUGGUGAACGAUUCAUUUAUUUAUUACGACAGUUUUUGUUUGUGCCAAAAUAUCAUCUAUUACUAACCAAAAAGAGAGAAAAAUAUAUGAUUAAACAUGUACACUGAUCAUGCAUUUGACAUUUGCUGGCUUUGAUGAAUUGAAUGCCUUCCUGUCCCAGGGACAUUCAUAUUUCUUUAACCUUGUUGUAUGUACCAUAAUAUGCAGUGUUUAAAACUGUCAAUGCUUAUGUGACUUUGUAACAUUGUAGUGGAAUUAUAAUGCACAACGUUUUCUUCUUACUUCAAAAAUCAUAUUGGUAGCCAUUUUACCAAAAAUGACAACAGUACUGUAAAGAAUAAGCUGGCAGAAUGUGUGUGUUUUUUUUUAAAGAACAUUUAAAAAAUUGCCCUGUAUAUGACUAAAUAAACCCAAGCUUGACAAGUGAA